ACUUUGAGGCAUCUGUUCUGGUGGAAGAGGAGCUUCCUUGCCUCCUGAGUCUUUGCUGUGCCAAAGCCCUGAAAUAUCAUAUCUGGCCAUCAGACACUGGUAAGUUGGAGGUGUGAACUUGUUUGGCUCUCCCUGCCUGCAGUGACACCAGAGACCUGGACACCAGUGACCUCCCUCAGAAGGGCGUCUCCUGCACGUGAGGAGCAUGUCCAUUUUCACAUCCUUCCUUCUGCUGUGUGUGGUGACAGUGGUUUAUGCAGAGACCUUAACCGAAGGUGUUCAAAAUUCCUGCCCUGUGGUUACCUGCAGUUCUCCAGGCCUGAAUGGCUUCCCAGGCAAAGAUGGACGUGACGGUGCCAAGGGAGAAAAGGGAGAACCAGGUCAAGGGCUCAGAGGCUUGCAAGGCCCUCCUGGAAAAGUAGGACCUACAGGACCCCCAGGGAAUCCGGGGUUAAAAGGAGCAGUGGGACCGAAAGGAGACCGUGGGGACAGAGCAGAAUUUGAUACUAGCGAAAUUGAUUCAGAAAUUGCAGCCCUACGAUCAGAGCUGAGAGCCCUGAGAAACUGGGUGCUCUUCUCUCUGAGUGAAAAAGUUGGAAAGAAGUAUUUUGUGAGCAGUGUUAAAAAGAUGAGCCUUGACAGAGUGAAGGCCCUGUGCUCCGAAUUCCAGGGCUCUGUGGCCACUCCCAGGAAUGCUGAGGAAAACUCGGCCAUCCAGAAAGUGGCCAAAGAUAUUGCCUACUUGGGCAUCACAGAUGUGAGGGUUGAAGGCAGUUUUGAGGAUCUGACAGGAAACAGAGUGCGCUAUACUAAUUGGAAUGAUGGGGAGCCCAACAACACGGGCGAUGGGGAAGACUGUGUGGUGAUCUUGGGAAAUGGCAAGUGGAACGAUGUCCCCUGCUCUGACUCUUUUUUGGCAAUCUGUGAAUUCUCUGACUGAGGGUGCUUGUUUCUCAGCCCUCCUUGAUUCUUUAGGGUACUCCUGACGUCCGCAGUUUGUUCUGAAAAAUAAAAUAUGGGAAAAUAUAAACAAUUCAACAUUGGUUACCCAAUGCAUUCUCUUGUGAAGGUGUAGAAAUAAAGUGAGUUUAGUUUUCAUUUAU